AUGGGUUCUUCACUUCACAAUGACGACAGACUUCGGAACCGGUACGAAGCGUGCAGGAGUGGAAUGCACGAGCUCGACGUGCUCAGAGCCAAGCACACCCUUCUCAUUCAGGUGAGAUCCCAGAAGCAUCCCUGAAGUCCAAUCGUGUUGAUUUGUUUCAGAAUCUCCGCUCUAGACUGCCAGUGAUCCCUGGAAGUUUAGACGAUGUUCAAACGAGAGAGAAGAGGUCACGCGAUGGAUUCCUCGACAGGUUCUCCCUUCAAUCCGUCGACUCGGGAAUCUCGUCACAGAAUACGAUAAGUUCGACUCGCAGUUCCACUCCAGAAGACUUUUCGAACAAGUCUAAUCGGUAUUCAAACAUUUACGAGUAAGAAACAAAGAAAGAGAAGGAGUAGGAACAGGUUGGAUUACAGAAACAAUUCGACCACAAUGAACUACUCGACGUUUCGGAAGUUGUCGCUCGAGUCAACGCACAGCGCUUCCCAUUCGAUGAACAACAACAACGAGCCGAUCGAGAAAACAGCCUUCGCACCGCCCAUCAUCACUUCAAGAAGCUGUCACCGAGGCGCCUGGAAGACGUCUCCGCAGCGAGUUCGUCCGAAGAGCAUGUUCGAUUCGUCGACUUCCACCACAGAAUACUUGUGAGCCGCCAUCUAGCUCUUUUCAUAAAAUGACACUUUUGUUACAGAUAUGGAAAACCGCCUAGACAUCCGAUUGAUUUGAGCAAAGAUGUAAGCAUUCCGAUCGUUCCGUUCGUUCGUUCUCAUCUCAUUUUUGCAGCGCCGUUCCGCGUUCACCAUCAUAAAUCAAUCGUCGAAGCGGCAUUCGAGUGUGGAGCCGAGCCUUCCGAGCAGCCUCAGUCAGCUGAGUCUCAACGAAGAAUUUAAGACGCCACAAAAGGCAGAAGUCAUCAAGAGGAGCAAACAAGUGAGCAAACUUAUUCAAAACUGAGUAACGGGAAAGUGUUGAUUCAGAAGGCGGACGCGAUGUUCCGUGCCAACGUAGUCUACGUGUCUCCCCCGGAACAGCCGGUGAAGCCUGCGACGGUCCGCUUCUCGCCCGCCCGUUCCCCUCCAGUCCGUCGUGCUUUCCCCAUCGAAGUCUCGAGUCAGCAUUACGCGCAGCCCUGCAAGAUACGCUCCCCCAAGCUCCACUCAAAGACUGUGUUCGCUGCGAAACCCAUCGCUGUCAGGUCAGAAUCCCUUCGAUCGAAGUGUCCUCGUUCCACCUCCUCUCUUUUUCAGACCGAGUGCGUCUCCCAAAGUGGCGCAACGAUCCACGUGGCUCCAAUCACAGCCUCUCUGA